AUGUCUGAUCAACAUGAGCUUCGAUGUCAUCGUGGUUUUGAUUUACGUAUCUGGUUAAACAAUGAAAAGAACUUAACAAUAAAUACAUGUCUUUGUCCACCUAGUUUUUAUGGUGACAUGUGUCAAUAUCAAAAUCAACGAGUGAGUUUAACCAUUAAAUUUCGAGUAUUAUCAGAUUCUUGGUCAACAUUAUUUGCAAUAAUUAUUUCACUUAUUGAUGAUAGUGAAGAAAGAAUUAUUCAUUCAUAUGAACAAUUUACUUAUUUGUCAAUAAGAGAUUGUAAAAUCAAAUUUAAUAUUUAUCUGCUCUAUUCAACUCGACCAAAAAAUGAAACCAAAAAUUAUGCUAUAAAAAUUGAUAUUUAUGAAAAAAUUUCAUUAACCUAUCAAGGAAGUUUAUUGUUUCCAAUAAUAUUUCCAUUUUUACCUGUUCAUCGUUUAGCAUAUAUUGUCGACAUUCCACGAAUUAAUGAAAACAUUCAAACUUGUUUAAAUUCUCAAUGUAUUCAUGGAAAGUGUAUGACAUAUUCGAAUAAUCCAAAAAAUAAUAGUUUUUGUCAAUGUAAUCGAGGAUGGUCUGGACAAUAUUGUACUAUUCCGUAUAAUUGCACGUGUUCAUCUGAUUCAAUAUGUAUGGAUAGGUCUGCUUACAACCGAUCUGUAUGUGUUUGUCCUAUUAAUAAAUUUGGUGAUCGAUGUCUUCUUGUCGAUACAAUUUGUAAAACGGAUAAAAAUUUAACAUGUCAACAUGGCAGUCAAUGUAUUCCUGCUGAUGAAUAUAUGAUAUCGACCAGAAAAUUUGUAUGUAUUUGUUCCAAAGGUUAUAUUGGUGAUCAAUUUGAAAUAGUUGAUAAUAAAAUAAUUCUAUCAUUUCAAAAAAGUAUUGUUUUAUCACAAUCAAUAUUUAUUCAUUUUAUUGAUGUUAUUAAUAAUGGUGCACCGAUAAGAACAACAACUUUUCGAACAAUUUCUCUUAUAAAAAAUUCACUUACAGUUUAUUGGUCACAACCAUUUCAUCUUGUUUUUAUUGAACUUUUAAAUAAAAUUUAUUAUUUAGCUAUUAUUCAAAAAACUUAUGAACGAUCAACAACAAUUAAUAAAAUGAUAAAUCCAUCAGAUCGUUGUCGACAUAUAAAUGAAUUAUUUAAUGAAACAUUUGUUCAGAUGCAUAUUCUUCGUCGCAUUAAAUAUUAUCAUUUACCAUGUCAAAAAUAUUCAUCAAAUCUUUCUUGUUUUUAUGAUGAUCUUCAUAUUUGUUUAUGUUAUGAUUAUGAAAAACAACGUUUAGCAAAUUGUUUUGACUUUAAUCAUAAUAUGAAAUUUGAUUGUUUAGGUCAAAGUGUCUGUGAAAAUGAAGGUCAAUGUUUUCAAGACACUCCAGAUUGUCCACAAAGAUCAAUGUGUAUUUGUCCAAAAUGUUUUUAUGGAACACGAUGUCAAUUUAGUUCAAGUGGAUUUGGUUUAUCACUUGAUGCUAUCUUAGGUUAUCAUAUUCAACCACAUAUUAGUCUUAUACAACAGCCAAAUAUUGUAAAGACCAGUUUAGCAUUGACUCUAAUCUUUAUGGUAGUAGGAUUUAUCAAUGGAGUUUUAGCUUUGAUUACAUUUAACAAUAAAACUAUAUGUGAAGUUGGUUGUGGUUUGUAUCUAUUAGGUUCAUCAAUUACUACUUUACUUACAACAAUUAUAUUUGGAUUAAAAUUUUGGAUACUUAUUUUGCACAAAUGA